AUGACUUCGGAACAAGAUAGAAAUUCAACCCCAGUUAACUUGGAGAAUAUCAAUGCUUACGGUGUGGAAUCAUAUAAGAAAGAGUAUAUUCAGAAUCUCUUAGCACCUUUAUUAGAUACACCCAUCAAAAGCGUUGAAGAGUUGAUUUCCCAAGGCAAUAAAAUAACAUCUCAAUUGAAUAACCUAAACGGAUUUCAGUCUGUUAGCUUGAAAUUCGACGUCAGUAACUCUAAAAGUGUUGAAGUUAAUGCGUUGAAUGAAAAAUUAGUUAACGUUAUUGGAACCAUUGAAGCAGUACCAUUGAAGAAAAGUGCAUUGUCUGUUAGGACUAUUCAUAGUGACCUGGACCAUGCAGUUGAACUGGCGUACUUAAAUAGAAAUGCUUUAGGCCGUGGUGAAUUUUUUCAAGCAAGUUCCUAUCUGAACUUUUUGAAUAUGACCAAAAAUGUGGAUAUUCUAGCAUCAACCCCAAUAUUAGAUACCUCAUUUAGACUAUUUGGUCAUUUAAAUGUGUCCAAGACUGCAGACAAGUUGUUCAAAUCAAGCUCACAAGCGGCAACUUCUGCCGAGCUUGGUUUUACGAAGCAAAAGUUCUGCAAACAUGCAAACUCUUUAUCAACCAUUUCCGGUGGUCUAAACCUGGUUAAUAGAUCGAUCAAUAAAAUUGAAGAUUCAGCCAAUGACGAAAUCAAAACAUAUGCUGGUGAUUCAUUGAAGGAAUCUGUUUUUUUCAACUUGACUUCCUCAAAUAUGAAAUAUUUAUCAAAGUCCAAUUGUACAUUGCCACUAAAUGGUUAUUCUUUAUCCUUAACAAAUGAGAUUGCCGGAUUUCCACAAUUACUUGACGAUUCGCAAGUCGAACAAAGUUUAGUGGGUGAUAGACAGGACCAAUACUAUAAACUUUGUCUUGGAUUUGAUUAUGCUAAACCAAUUUUUAAUAAUAACUUAUCAGUGUCAUCUAAUUUGAAAUUUGGCUCGAUUUUCAACUUAGCAAAAGAUGAAACUGUUAAUUUUCAGGAUAAGUUUUAUCCCAAAGUAUCCGGACAUUUUAACCCAGUAAUGCCAUCUAAGUCUAUUGGUGCUGGAUCUUUUUUGAGCUAUAACUUUGAUGCUUAUACCAAAGUUGGUUUUGUUGACAUUAAGGAGCCUUUGAGACUUUAUGCUUCAGUGAAUGGUGCUUCUUCAGCAAACGUGUCAAACGGCUUGGAAAAAAACGAGAUGCUACAGUUGACAAAAGAUUGGAAACACGGAUUAGACUUCGGACUACUAUAUACUAAUGGUAAUGCCAACGCAAAACUAUUCUGGAGGAAACCAAUUGGUAUUUCCAAUGAUUUUGGUAAGUUUGGUUUUGAAGUCGACAUCAAUGGUCAAUGGUAG